AUGGGCUCGACAGAGACUCAGGCGACCGCGCCAGAAUUUCGAUACAUUCCCCUAUUAUACAACCAUGCCGACUCUCAAGCAUCUGCUCUCAGGCUAAUCCUGACCCUCAAUCCCGACUGGGAAGGUCCUGGCAACAACAUUGAGUUCGUGCGAUUCACCGACGGCAUCACCAACACCCUCCUGAAAAUUAUCAACCUGAGACCGGGCCUGACGGAGGAACAAAUAGACAAUGAGGCAGUACUGAUGAGGGCGUACGGAAAUGGCACAGAGAUCCUCAUAGAUCGCGAAAGAGAAACCAAGUCCCACGCACUUUUGGCCAGUCGCGGCCUAGCCCCGCCCCUCCUCGCUCGAUUCAAAAACGGCCUGCUCUACCGCUUCAUCCGAGGCCGACCCUGCGGCCACCAGGAUCUAGUUUCCCCGCCCAUCUGGCGUGGUGUCGCCCGCCGCCUGGCGCAGUGGCACGCCGGCCUACCUAGUAGCGGAGCCGCGCCUAUCGAGGAUGUCUUCUCUGUGACCAAGAUUGUGGACAUCCAGGACGAUGAGAUCACCGUAAUCCAGCCUCGGCGCGCGGGCCCGUCUAUGUGGGCUGUGCUGCAGAAGUGGGUGUUGGCUUUACCAGUCACCACCCCCGAGCAGCGCGCUCGUCGGUUGAGUCUGCAGGCAGAGCUGCAGUGGGCCCUGGAACUUCUGGAUGAUGGGAAGGGAAUAGGUGAAGACGGGCUCGUCUUCUCGCACUGCGAUCUCCUCUGUGCCAAUGUCAUUGUCCUCCCGAGCGAGAAUGGUGUUACAACCGAAGACAGUAUCGCGCCUGUCAACUUCAUCGAUUAUGAAUAUGCGGUCCCUGCGCCCGCGGCCUUCGAUAUCUCCAACCACCUUGCUGAGUGGGGUGGCUACGAUUGCGAUUAUAACAUGAUGCCGACAAAGUCUGUGCGCCGUCAGUUCCUUACUGAUUAUACGAAGAGCUACUGUGAACAACGCGGUCUUGACGCUUCAUACGAAGCUGAGAUUGUCGACCGGCUGUACGAAGAUGUUGACCGCUUCCGUGGCAUCCCCGGUCUCUACUGGGGUGUUUGGGCACUCAUCCAAGCGCAAAUCUCCCAGAUUGAUUUCGACUACGCCAGCUACGCUGAGACCCGUCUCGGCGAGUACUACGCGUGGAAGCGCGAGGUAGACGGAAGCCGCAAACAAGCUGGCGAGGAGAUGCCGUUGCGCGAGUCCCGCUGGGCGUCGGAGGCGUAA